AUGGCAACUCCCACGCCGCUCGCCAAAAGCAAACUUGCCGGCCCUAGUGCCUCUUUGAAAAUCACACCCUCCAAUUCCCCGGUGCUUCGGCCGGGAUCCCGAUCUUUCAGCAAAUCCGCCCACCAAUCCAUCCUCUCCCUCCAAACAGUCCUAGGAACCUCCACCACAACACCUAAUGGCUUCUCUAGUCAUGACCAAAGCAAGAGCUUUGCGCUGUGUGCCGGCUCAGCAGCUGUUCUCGCCGAGCUGGAUGACGACGCCAACAUAAGCCAACGAUUUUUCAGAGCUCGCCCCUCUGCGACAAGUGUGAACCCAACUGCCUCCUUCUACAAUCAGUCCACCCCUCCUACCACUCCAGAUCCCCGGUCGCGGUCGUUAUCUCAUAUUCGCUCCAACCCACACUUGAAUGUACCCAAUGGAUCCCCGUCCAGUGAGACACCGGAUGGUGGGAGCCCCCGCGCUUGGUCGUCAAGGGAAAGAAUCAAAGCUGUGACGAGUGUCUCGCUCAGCCCCAAUGGCAGGUUCUUAGCAGUCGGAGAGACUGGCUAUAAUCCACGAGUCCUUAUUUUUUCCACCGCAAAGGAUGCCCUUCCUGACGUCCCGCUGUCUAUCCUCAACGAACACACAUUCGGUGUGCGAAGCAUCGCUUUUAGUCCCGAUUCGCAAUACUUAGCUACGCUGGGAAAUAUGAAUGAUGGCUUUCUCUUAAUAUGGUCUAUCAAUCUGAAAAAUGGGUCCGCUAGGUUGCACUCCGCCAACAAAUGCACAGCGUUCAUUCGCGACAUGUGCUGGGUUGGCCAAUCGCUCGUAACGGUCGGCGUGCGCCAUGUGAAGGUUUGGAGGCUCCCAACUAUACGCCCCGUCUCCCCAACCAAAUCUAGAUUGAAUCCGGAUGGUGCAGCGCCAUCACCGAACCCGGCACCAAAGGCUCUUUCGGGGAGGAACUGCUUGCUAGGCGCUCUGAAUGACAGUACUUUUAGCUCUAUUUCCAGCAUUUCGGAUCAAGAGGCUGUGCUCGGAACUGAAUCCGGUGCUGUCUGCCUUCUUGAUGACCGAGAGUCUACUCAGAAACUGGGUCUUGUGACUCAGCUUGAUUUCGGUGUUACUUCGUUAGCUGUUGACUUUGACCGAGAAGCAGUCUGGCUCGCCGGGCGUGGGAGGAAAAUGCAACGGGUUUCUUUUGAAUCCAUUCGGUCAGCAACCCCUCCAGCACCUAUGUCCCCCGUGAGGGCUGUGAAGGGCGCACCGGACAAGCAAAACAAAGCACCGCCGAUCACUUGUAUGGGGUCACUAUGCUCGCAUUUGGUCACGGUAGAAACAACCCGUGAAAUCAACAUUUACCCAAUGAAUUCUCUAUGCGAAGAAGGUGAACAGGAUAGCGGACAAAACUCGAUGCAAGCGCAUCGUGAUCCUGUACUAGGUGUCCGGCGCCUAUCGAAGCCCAAUGAACUUUCAGCAGAUUUUUUCUCUUGGUCACGCAAUGGCUCCGUCAAUUUCUGGGAUGCUCGGGGCAAAUGUCAGUCAUCCCAGAUGGUUCCACUCGAGCAAGCCCCCAACAUUGAAGAAGAUAUUGCAAACGAGUUGAAGGUCCUAAGAACUAUCAAUAAGGCGGACUGGUUCGUGUCGGGUGACAAAUUCGGAGUGUUGAAACUCAUUUCCAGCAAUCCAUGGGCAUGCAUUAGUGAAGCCCGCGCUCAUGGGGCCGAGGUCACAGAUGUGGCCAUUCAUGAGAGUUCCGAAACUUGCUUGAUAGCAAGUUCUGGCCGUGAUCGCAUGGUACAGCUUUUCCAGAAAACUAAUGACACCCUUCAGCUUAUUCAAACUUUGGAUGAGCAUGUCGGUGCAGUCGGCCAGCUUUUAUUUAUGAAUGAUGGUGAGAAGUUAUUGUCCAGCUCUGCGGAUCGCACUGUUCUUGUUCGAGAACGUGCGACGCGAGAGGAAGAUGGCGCAACUUCGGUCGCCUAUUUAAUUUCUCGAGUCAUCACAUUGAAAGCAUCGCCGGUGUCAAUGGCAGUCUGUCCUGAUGAUCCAAAUUCUCUAUAUGUCUCAACUAUGGAUAGGAACGUCUCAAAAUUCGAUCUAAUUUCAGGACGGCAAUUACACUGUUUCCGUGCUUCGGAUUCAGAGGCAACUGAUGCCGUUAUUAUGGGAUCCUUGUCCGCCAUCUCUGAAAUUCCCGGCCAAUGCCCAAAGCUUCUGGUUGGUCUUUCCAGCACUGAUAAGUCUAUUCGUGUAUAUGAUUUGGAAAGAGAUCUCUUACUCACCGGAGACUUCGGGCACACAGAAGGUGUGAGUGAUGUUCUCCUCCUGGAUGAGCCAGAGAACUCAGACAAGUCAACCAUGAACCGAAGGCUAGUAUCAGCCGGUAUGGAUGGAAUUCUGAUGAUAUGGAAUUUGUCUGUCCAACCUCUGCCCUCUCUGGAUUUUACUCAAAAUGGCCGUGAAGACGAAGGUCCCACGAAAGAGAAUACAGCCGCAAAGCCACCUUUGCGAAAAGUGCUCUCAAGAAGUGAGCUUGCCGGAUUUCGACCUGAGUACCCUCUAGGAACACCCACCCCAACCCGAGACCUCUCCCCAACCUUAACAAGGAAAAUGUCGAAACUUUCCUUGACCCCAUCCACCCUCAAACAUCACUCAAUCGCCGAGACUCCGUCUCCUCCAAACCGCCUUUCACCUACUUCGUAUACCUCGAUCGACCAAUCUCGCCGCUCUCCAUCGCCCGUGAGCCCUAAAUCGCGGCCUUCAGCCUCCAGAAAACCCAGUAGCUCAAAGAAUACCAACCGUCGAACGUCACUGGAUUUCAGAUCCCGGGGCAAAACAUCAUCGACCCGAAGCGAAUUCGGUAGUCUGGAGAUGUCAACUGAGCAAGUAUGCCGUACUUUACGGGCAUAUCGGAAGAAGCUCAAUGCUUCAUCCCAGCAUGUUCAAGCGCAGAAAGAACUCGAACGUGAACUCAGUCUUACGCUUCGAGCUGUGAAUGUGCGAGCCUUGAAUAGCGAUGAAAGUGGUGAAACGGGAACGGACAGUAGUGGGAAAGAUAUGGACCGGAAAGCAAGUUUCUCGUCUAUUUCUUCCAAGUCCCCCCAUCAGCCUCGUCAUAUGCCCUCAACUCCGUCUUUGCGGACCAGACAUAUUCACAGAGUCUCUCGGAGCCACUCUUAUGAUGCUGGUGCCGAAGAAUGA